AUCAGGUCAUCAGGGGGGAAAAAUAACAUCCACCUUCUGCUAGGAAGAGUAAAGGAGAAGCAACCAGGUCCUAGAGAAGUUUUCACUUAAGAAGUGCUCCAGGAGUCAUGGUGGACAAGUUCUGCAAUUCUACUUUUUGGAAUGCCUCAUUCCUGGACAGCCCGGAGGCAGAUCUACCACUUUGUUUUGAGCAAACUGUUCUGGUGUGGAUUCCUUUGGGCUUCCUUUGGCUCUUGGCCCCUUGGCAACUUCUUCGCGUAUACAGAUCCAGGAAAAAGAAAUCUUCUAUAACUAAGUGGUACCUUGCUAAACAGGUGCUCGUUGGGCUUCUUUUUAUUCUGGCGGCCAUAGAGCUGGUCCUUGCACUCACAGAAGACUCUGGACAAGCCACGACUCCCCCUGUGAAAUAUACCAACCCAAUCCUCUACCUGGGCACGUGGCUCCUGGUUUUGCUGAUCCAAUACAGCAGGCAAUGGUGCGUGCAGAAGAAUUCUUGGUUCCUGUCCAUAUUUUGGAUUCUCUCAAUAUGUUGUGACACUUUCCAAUUUCAGACUCUUAUCCGGGCACUCCUAAAGGACAGCAGUUCCAAUCUGGCCUAUUCCUGCCUGUUCUUCAUCUCUUAUGGAUUCCAGAUCCUGAUCCUGAUCCUUUCAACAUUUUCAGAAAAAAAUGACUUAUCAAGUAAUCCAUCAUCCACAGCUUCGUUUUUGAGUAACCUUACCUUUAGUUGGUUUGACAGCAUUGUUCUGAAAGGUUACAAGAAACCGCUGACGUUUGAAGACGUCUGGGAGGUUGAUGAAGAGAUUAAAACCAAGUCUGUGGUGAGCCGGUUUGAAGUAUUCAUGGCAAGCCAGCUACAGAAGGCCAGACGGGCAUUCCAGAAGAGACGGCAGAAGUCCCAGCGGAAGACUGGAGCCAAGCCACGUGGUUUGGACAAGAACCAGAGCCAAAGUCAAGAUGUCCUUGUCCUGGAAGAAACUAAAAAGAAAAAGAAGUCUAAGACUACAGAAGACUUUCCCAAAUCCUGGCUGAUCAAGGCCCUUUUCAAAACUUUCUAUACAGUUAUUCUGAAAUCAUUUAUACUGAAACUAGUACAUGAUAUCUCUUUGUUUUUGAAUCCUCAGCUGUUGAAAUUGCUGAUUGCCUUUGGGAGUGACUAUGAAUCAUAUGUGUGGAUUGGAUAUGUCUACACCAUCUGCUUAUUUGUUGUGAGUUUGCUCCAGUCUCUCUGCCUUCAGUCUUAUUUUCAAUUGUGUUUCAUGCUGGGAAUGAGUGUACGGACAACCGUUAUGGCUUCUGUGUAUAAGAAGGCACUGACCCUGUCCCAUUUGAACAGGAGGCAGUACACCAUUGGAGAAACGGUGAACCUGAUGUCUGUGGAUGCCCAGAAGCUCAUGGAUGUCACCAACUUCUUUCACUUGCUGUGGUCAACUGUCCUACAGAUUGUUUUAUCCAUUUUCUUUCUGUGGAGAGAGUUGGGACCUUCAGUUUUAGCAGGUGUAGGGGUGAUGGUUCUCCUAAUUCCAGUUAAUGGAAUAUUUGCCACCAAGAAUAGAAAUAUUCAGUUCAAAAAUAUGAAGUAUAAGGACAAACGUUUAAAGGUCAUGAAUGAGAUUCUCAGUGGAAUGAAGAUCCUGAAAUAUUUUGCCUGGGAACCUUCAUUCAAAGACCAAGUCAACAGUAUUCGGAAGAAAGAGCUGAAGAACCUGCUAAACUUUGGCCAGCUGCAGACUCUGACAGUAUUCUUCUUACAGUUAACUCCUAUUCUGGUAUCUGUGACUACAUUUUCUGUUUAUGUUCUGGUGGAUAGCAACAAUGUUUUGGAUGCAGAAAAGGCCUUCACCUCCAUCACCCUCUUCAAUAUCCUGCGCUUUCCUCUAACCAUGCUUCCUAUGGUGAUCUCUUCCGUGCUCCAGGCCACUGUUUCUGUAUCCCGACUAGAAAAGUACUUGGGAGGGGAUGACUUGGACACCUCUGCCAUUCGACGUGUCUCCAAUUUUGACAAAGCUGUGCAGUUUUCUGAAGCCUCCUUCACCUGGGACCGGGAUGUGGAAGCCACAAUCCAAGAUGUGAACCUGGAUAUUAUGCCAGGCCAGCUGGUGGCUAUAGUGGGUACUGUGGGCUCUGGAAAGUCUUCCUUGAUAUCAGCUAUGCUGGGAGAAAUGGAAAAUGUCCACGGGCACAUCACUAUCAAGGGUACUAUGGCUUAUGUCCCUCAGCAGUCCUGGAUUCAAAAUGGCACCAUAAAAGACAACAUCCUUUUUGGAUCAAAGUUGAAUGAAAAGAGAUACCAGGAAGUUAUAGAGGCCUGUGCUCUCCUCCCAGACUUGGAAAUAUUACCUGGAGGAGACCUGACUGAAAUUGGAGAGAAGGGUAUAAAUCUCAGUGGUGGCCAGAAGCAGCGAAUCAGCUUGGCUAGAGCUGUCUAUCAAGAUUCAGACAUCUAUAUUCUGGAUGACCCUCUAUCAGCUGUGGAUGCUCAUGUAGGAAAACAUAUUUUCAAUAAGGUCUUGGGCCCCCAUGGCCUGUUGAAUGACAAGACUCGACUGUUGGUUACACAUAGCAUUCACUUUCUUCCCCAAGUGGAUGAGAUUGUGGUUCUGGGGAAUGGUACCGUCAUGGAAAAAGGGUCCUACAGUACUCUGCUGGCCAAAAAAGGAGUGUUUGCUAAGAAUCUGAAGACAUUCAUAAGACAUUCAAGUUCUGAAGGAGAAGCCAUGGUCAAUGAUGGUGUUGAAGAAGAUGAUGAUGACUGUGGGCUGGUACCCAGCAUAGAGGAACUCCCUGAGGAUGCAGCCUCCUUGACCAUGAGAAGAGAGAAUAGCCUUCAUCGAACUAUGAGCCGCCGCUCCAGGCCUGGUAGCAGGCAUCUGAAGUCCUUGAAAAACUCUUUGAAAAUUCGAAAUGGAAAUGCCCUGAAAGAGGAGAAAGAACCAGUGAAAGGACAAAAACUAAUUGAGAAGGAAUUCAUGGAAAGUGGAAAGGUGAAAUUCUCCAUCUACAUGAAAUACCUACAAGCAAUGGGAUGGUCCUCUAUAAUCUUCAUCAUCUUUUUCUACGUGAUGAAUUCUGUGGCUUUUAUUGGGUCCAAUCUUUGGCUUAGUGCUUGGACCAGAGACUCUGUCAUCUACAAUGCCACCGACUAUCCACCCUCUCAGAGGGACCUGAGAAUUGGAGUGUAUGGCGGGCUGGGAGUGGCACAAGCUGUAUUUGUGCUGGCAGCAACUAUCUGGAGCGUGUACGGCUGCAACUAUGCAUCGAAAAUCUUACACAAGCAACUGCUAAUCAGUGUCCUUCACGCACCUAUGCGCUUUUUUGAUACAACACCCACAGGCCGAAUUGUGAACAGAUUUGCUGGUGACAUCUCCACUGUGGAUGAAACCCUCCCUCAGAGCCUGCGCAGCUGGCUGAUGUGCUUCCUGGGGAUAAUUAGCACUCUUGUCAUGAUCUGCAUGGCCACUCCUAUAUUUGUCAUCGUUAUCAUUCCUCUUGGCAUUAUUUAUGUGGCUAUCCAGGUGUUCUAUGUGGCAACUUCCCGCCAGCUGAGACGUCUGGACUCUGUCACUAGGUCCCCAAUCUACUCUCACUUUAGUGAGACAGUAACAGGUUUGCCUGUUAUCCAUGCCUUUGAACACCAGCAGCGAUUUAUAAAGUACAAUGAGAUGGCAAUUGACAACAACCAGAAAUGUCUCUUUUCCUGGAUUAUCUCCAACAGGUGGCUCGCAAUUCGCUUGGAGUUUGUUGGGAAUCUGAUCGUCUUCUGUUCAUCUUUGCUGAUGGUUAUUUAUAAAACCACCCUAACUGGAGACACCAUCGGCUUUGUUCUUUCCAAUGCCCUUAAUAUCACACAAACCCUGAACUGGCUAGUGAGGAUGACAUCAGAAACAGAGACCAACAUUGUAGCUGUUGAGCGAAUAAAUGAGUACAUAAAUGUGGAAACAGAGGCACCCUGGGUGACUGACAAGAGGCCUCCCACAGAUUGGCCCAGCAAAGGUGAGAUCCAGUUUAGCAACUACCAGGUGCGGUACCGGCCUGAGCUGGAUCUGGUACUGAAGGGGAUCACUUGUAAUGUCAAGAGCACCGAGAAGGUUGGUGUAGUGGGCAGAACAGGAGCUGGGAAGUCAUCCCUCACAAACUGCCUCUUCAGAAUCUUAGAGUCCGCAGGUGGCCAGAUCAUCAUUGAUGGAGUAGAUAUUGCUUCUAUUGGUCUCCAUGAUCUCAGAGAGAAAUUGACUAUCAUUCCCCAGGACCCUGUCCUGUUCUCUGGAAGCCUAAGGAUGAAUCUUGACCCUUUUAACAAAUACUCAGAUGAGGAGAUUUGGAAAGCCCUGGAACUGGCUCACCUCAAGUCCUUUGUGGCUGGCCUGCAGCUUGGAUUGUCCCAUGAAGUGACAGAGGCUGGUGAAAACUUGAGCAUAGGGCAGAGGCAGCUCCUGUGCCUGGGCAGGGCUCUCCUUCGGAAAUCCAAGAUUCUGGUCCUGGAUGAGGCCACCGCUGCUGUGGAUCUGGAGACGGAUCAGCUCAUCCAGCAGACCAUCCGGAGCGAGUUCUCCCACUGCACUGUUAUCACCAUUGCCCACAGGCUGCACACCAUCAUGGACAGCGACAAGAUAAUGGUCCUAGAUAAUGGGAAUAUUGUAGAGUAUGGCAGCCCUGAAGAACUGCUGGAAAAGUCUGGCCCCUUCUAUUUUAUGGCCAAGGAAGCUGGCAUUGAUAACUUAAACAACACAGCACUUUAGCAGCAGAUUGCAUAGGGAAGAAAGGACCAUACAGAUCACUUUUCUGUGUGUGCACGUGCAUGUGUGUGGAAUAUGUGCAGAACCAUGUAUAAAAUGCACAUUUUUUAAAGCUAGGUCUCACCAUGUUGCCAAGCUGGCAUCAAACUUGGGCUCCAGUGAUCCUCCUGCCCCAGUUUGUUAAGUAAAAAUGUAUAAUUUAGAGGAUGGUAAGUGAAUAGCCAUGUGCCCACUAUCCAGACUAAGAAAAUGAAUAUUAUCAAGAGCCUUAGAAACCCUUCUGCUCUCCCACUUUGAUCAUAGCUUCUGGGCACCCAUCUCUUCCAGACACAGUCAUCUCCUGAAUUUCGUGAUAAUUGUUCCCUUACCCUUCAUUUUAGCUUUAUCGCCUUUGUAUUCAUCCUUAAACAAUGUGUAGCUUUUAAAAAUCUUAUGUAAAUAGACUCAUACGCAUGUAUUGUUUCAUGACUUGGUUCUUUUGUUCAAUAAUAUAUUUGAAACUCUUUCAUACUUAUUCAAAUAGUGAAGUUUGUUUUAACUGUUCUUUUGUAGCACAGCAGUAUAUAAAUAUACCACAGCUUACCCAUUUUAGUGUUGGUGAGCAUUAAGGUUAUUUAUAGUUUUUCUUUCAUAUUAUGAACAACACUAUUAUAAACAUUGUAGUACAUAUUCUCUGUUAUACAUGUAUAAGGUUCUUUAGAGUAUAACUCAGAAAUGGAAAUACGUUUACAUGCACAUUCUAGGUAAUUGCAAACUGAGAAUACUAAUUUUAAACAGUUUUGUCCCUCUGAUGAAUUAGUGUUUCGUUGAUGGUUUAGUUGCAUUCUCCUGGGUAUGACUGAGAUUGAAUUUGUUUUUUAUGUUUCAGUAGCAUUUGAAUUUAUUUGAUUUUUUUGGCACUAGGAAUUAUUUAAAUUUAUUAUAUAGUUUUUUAAAAAUGUUAUGUCUGAUAGUUCUAGAUUCUUUGCCAUUUGUUGUUUUUGUUGGUUCUUAUCUAUGGUGUUCUAUUUGCCUUGUGGUCUUACAAAUUUUUACUGUAAACUUCUCAUUACCUGAGAACUUAAUCUAGUAAUGUUUUUUAGGCUUGGGUCAAAGCCAGGUUCUUCCUAAAAUGUUUCUGCCCACUGCCUAAGGCAUCACUCAAAACCUCUUUGGACUAAAUUCUCCACUGAGAGGUUUCACAUUGUCUAUUAGCAUAGCUUCAGACCACAAUUCUGCACCAGAACCAGUCUGUGAUUUACAAAUCUCCAAGGACAGUCCUCUCCUUGACCAUAGUAACAGUUGGGAGAUAAGCAUGAAUUUUGUGUUGACUCCCGCGUUCUGCAUGGUGAGAUUUGUUCGUCAUUUGCCCAUACAUCACAAGUCUAGCUUUUUCAGGAUUCAGGUUUAUCAGAGAGAACCCUGUUUCUCUCUGCUCUUUGGCAGACCUUGGAUUUAUCUCUUACCUGAGCAUCCUGUGCUAUCAACAAAGUGAGAAUUCAAGGUCUCUUAAUUUUAGAAGCCAGCCUAAGCUUUGCCCCUGUUUUGGGUUCAUCAUAAUCCUUCCCUCCACUCUGGUGACUUAAUAAUGAAUAGUUUUAUUUAUCCAUAGUUUUAUUGUUUACUGAGAUGCUUGGACUGGGAAACGUCCUAAAGGAAAGAUACAUAGGCAGAAUUAACUUGCAUCUGCUUUUCUCUGACAGGUGCAAAUUGCACCUGUUGUCUCAGCGUGGAAAUAGCUCUCCCUUUCUCUUUAAAACUUGUCAGUUUGGAUAAUAAAAUGUGUUAUCAUGUGAAUUAAGACUUUGAGACACAGUACAUGGUGAUUAACAAAGUGAAGUUCGCCUGGUAAUUCCAGGUAAUUGAGAUCUGAUUUGUCAGGAGCUGCUCCUCUAGUUGACAGGAUUAUGCUCAUCUGUAAACUAAUUACAAUUUGGCUCAGUUUUCAUUUUUCCUUCAUCAAAUGUCUAAUAUUUCCAGUUGUGGUGUACACACCUGUAAUCCCAGCACUUGGAAGGUUUGAGGCAGGAGAAUCACUGUGACUUGAAGCCAGGCUGAGCUAUAUAGUGAGUUCAAGGCCAGCCUGUACUGUAUAGCAAGACUCUGUCUCAGAGAAAAAGAGAGAGAGAGAGAGAAAGAGAAAAUGUCUAAUAUGUCUACCUAGUUAACUCUAGUGUUAAAGGUUGAACAGAAUCCUUUGUUUUUAGCAGGAGCUAGAGUAGGAGUACAACUCAGAGACCAAAUUUGGCCUUUAUUCAUUUUUGUAAAUAAAGUUUUAUUGGUAUACAA